AGAUGUCAUCGUGCUCCCUUUUCUCUGCUGUGGAAGAUCGUUCUUCUAGACCCGCAUUUACGUUAACUACAGGAGGUGUCCAGGACUGAAAUGAAUUUAACCAUUGUAGCCAGGUCUGAAGACUCUCAGGAACAGCUGGCUAAUAAUUCUGGAUAGAGAUAAGUUCUUAUAGAAGUCCUCUCCUCUGUUUGGUGACACGGGAACAUACAAUUAUGAAUCCAAAAGACUCACUGGAAGAGACCGAAGGAAGCUCUGCUCCAUUAUGUUUGGCCUGUGGCCAAAGGCAUCUUCCAGAAGAGAACCAUAUAUACACCUACACAGAAGAGGUAGAUGAUGACCUAAUCUGCCACAUUUGCUUGCAGCCUUUGCUUCAGCCUCUGGACACACCCUGCGGACACACGUACUGUACAGUUUGCCUUACAGAUUUCCUUGUGGAAAAAGAUUUCUGUCCUAUGGACCGCAAAGCUCUAGCUCUACAGAGGUGCAGGAAGUCAAGCAUCCUAGUGAAUAAGCUCCUCGAUAAGCUAAUGGUGAACUGUCCUUUCACAGAACACUGUUCAGAAAUUCUACAACGCUGUAAUCUUGAACAUCAUUUUCAGAAUGGGUGCAAAGGGGCAUCUCAUUAUGGCUUCACCAAGGAGAGGAAGAGAUGCCCCCCAGCGGGAUCUCCAGAUGUGAAUGCUGCUUUAACAGUGUCGGCUUGUGAAUCCGAUUUCUCUGCUGCCGCCACAAUUGCCUUAAUGACAGAUGAACCAGGGCUAAUUAAUCCUGCUUUCAAUGCCAACUUUGAGGACAUCCCACCAAGAACCAACUCCACCAAUCUUUAUAUAAGCCAGCAACCUAGAACCUCUCCAAGGUUAUAUCAUCUCAUUCCAGAUGGUGAAAUUACCAGCCUUAAGAUCAACCGCAGGAAUCCCCACGAACCUCUUGCCAUUCGAGUCGUGGGGGGCAGCGAAACGCCUUUGAUUCACAUCAUCGUUCAACACAUCUAUCGAGACGGCAUCAUUUUCAAAGAUGGGAGGCUACUUCCGGGAGAUAUGAUCUUGAAGGUCAACGGCAUAGAUAUCAGAAAUGUGCCUCACGGCUAUGCCUUGUUCGUCCUGAGGCAACCUUGUCAAGUUCUCCGUCUCACUGUGCUCAGAGAGCAAAGGUACCAGUGUGGGAAUGCUGGACUUUUUCCUGAGGUUCCUUGCCACAGGGAUGAGAAUUUGCACAUUAUUCUGAACAAAAGCAACCCAGAGCAACAGCUGGGCAUCAAGUUGAUCCGUAAGGCCAACCAAGAUGGAGUUUUUGUGUUCAACCUGCUGGAAGGAGGCCUUGCAGCCUGUGAGGGGGAACUUCGAGAGAACGAUAAGGUUUUAGCCAUUAACGGGCACGACCUACAGCACGCAAGUCCGGAAUGCGCAGCCCAAUUAAUACAGGCUAGCAAGAAGCAGGUUCACUUCAGCAUUUCCAGGCAAACCAGGAGACAGACCCCAGAUAUCUUGCAGGAAACUGGCUGGGAUUGCCAUGGUAGCCAUCUGCCCUUCCUUGCUGACAAGAGUGUCCUCCAUGCAGUUACCUGUCACGAAAAAGUGGUCAUUGUCCGAAAGGAUAAUCUAGAGUCUCUGGGGAUGACGGUGGCAGGAGGACUAUCUUCUCAGAGAGAAUGGAAUCUACCUAUUUAUGUUUUAAGUGUUGAACCGGGUGGAGUCAUCAGCAGAGAUGGCCGAAUAAAGACAGGAGAUAUCCUGCUCAGCGUGAAUGGAAUUGAUCUGACAGGUGUCAGCCGCGGAGAGGCGGUAGCCCAUCUGAAAAAUGUCUCCUCAUCGGUUGUGUUCAAAGCACUAGAACUGAAAGCCUGUGAGACCACGGAAGGAGAAAACGGGGACUUAUUGCCCGAUGCCAAUUUUAACCCCUCCAGUCAGAGUGAGUGGUCUCCUUCCUGGGUGAUGUGGCUUGAAUUACCAAGGUCUUUGUACAGCUGCAAAGAAAUUGUGUUGCGAAGAAAUACAGCAGGAAGCCUUGGCUUCAGUAUAGUGGGAGGCUAUGAAGAAAACAGUGGAAACAAGCCGUUCUUUAUCAAAUCCAUUGUGGAAGGGACUCCAGCAUAUAAUGAUGGAAGAAUCCGGUGCGGUGACAUCCUCCUUGCAGUGAACGGCAGGAAUAUCUCAGGAAUGGCGCAUGCCUCUUUGGCAAGGAUGCUAAAAGAACUGAAGGGGAAACUUACUCUCACUAUUGUAUCCUGGCCCGGUACCUUUUUAUAAAGAUGUGUUUCAACUGGAAACAAACGGAUUCCUAUGUACUUUUUUUUUGGUAGCAAAGUGUAAAUGUGCAUUAUAUAAGUAGAAGAGUCUUAAAAUGCUCCAUAGUACAUGUUUUGGGGGAAAAAACUCAUGUUCUCUUAAAAACUAUGGAAAGCUACUGGUGUAAAUCAAAGCACACAACGUAGAUAGGUAUAUAUCUAUGUUUCACCUGCUCUUUAGAUAAAGAAGGAAACAACUUUACCUAAUUUGAAAGUGAUUUCAGAAACAUCGAAAUAAUAAAAUGCUUUUCUAAUGAUUAUCCUGACAGCAUCUAUGAAAGAUGUGAGAAGGCUGGCUGAUGAAUCUAUUAAUUUUCCUUUUUGUGCUCAGUAAAAGCAGUCUUUUUUUAAGACAAUUUUUUUUUCUAAUAUAUUAUAAUUGUGUUUUAUUUCUACUAUUUAAUUAAUUGUAAUUUGUAAAGCCAGAUUAAUUUAAUUAAAAAAAGGACAAAAAUACUCAAUUUUGCAUGAAACUUUCUGAUUCAUGAAAUCAAACCAUUUCAUUCUGUUUUACUUAGUUUUUAUCCUUCCAUUCUGGGUUGGGCUCUU